AUGACUUCUCAGAAUAGGAUUGUAUUUACCAAAUUAUUGUUGUGUUGUUUUGUGACCGCGGCGUGGGCAAGAUCAUGGGCGAACCACCAUGACACAACAACAUCAACAACUCACACUACUCCAACUACUAGUCAAUUACCUAAAAACUUCCACAACGAUCCGCUCAUCGUUGAAACGAAAAGCGGUCUUGUCAAGGGCUACGCCAAAACUGUGAUGGGUAGUGAAGUGCAUAUAUUCACAGGUAUUCCCUUUGCUAAACCACCACUAGGACCCCUGAGGUUUCGUAAACCUGUCCCCAUAGAGCCAUGGCAUGGCGUCCUCGAAGCCACAUCCAUGCCAAACAGUUGCUACCAAGAAAGAUAUGAAUAUUUCCCUGGCUUCGAAGGUGAAGAAAUGUGGAAUCCAAAUACUAAUAUCUCGGAAGAUUGUCUGUAUUUAAACAUCUGGGUACCGCAGCAUUUGCGAGUACGACAUCAUCAGGACAAGCCUUUAGCUGAAAGGCCUAAUGUACCGAUUCUUGUUUGGAUAUACGGGGGAGGGUACAUGAGUGGUACAGCUACACUUGACCUCUAUAAGGCGGACAUAAUGGCUGCAUCUAGUGAUGUAAUAGUAGCGUCUAUGCAAUAUAGAGUUGGCGCUUUCGGAUUUUUAUAUUUGAACAAAUUCUUUUCCCCCGGUAGCGAAGAAGCCCCAGGGAACAUGGGCUUGUGGGAUCAACAACUGGCUAUUCGUUGGAUCAAAGAUAACGCACAAGCCUUCGGCGGCGAUCCUGAGUUGAUAACGUUGUUCGGGGAAUCCGCUGGCGGCGGCAGCGUAAGUUUACACAUGCUCUCUCCUGAAAUGAAAGGAUUGUUCAAAAGAGGAAUAUUGCAAUCAGGGACUCUGAAUGCACCGUGGAGUUGGAUGACCGGUCAGCGAGCUCAGGAAAUUGGAAAAGUUUUGAUCGAUGAUUGCAACUGUAAUAGCAGCCUUUUGGCGGCGGAUCCGAGUCUAGUGAUGGAUUGCAUGCGCGGAGUGGAUGCUAAAACUAUAUCUGUGCAACAAUGGAAUUCAUACACUGGUAUAUUAGGCUUUCCGUCCGCACCUACUGUUGAUGGCAUAUUCCUCCCGAAAGAUCCUGAAACAAUGAUGAAAGAGGGCUAUUUUCAUAACACCGAAGUGCUGCUGGGAAGCAAUCAAGACGAAGGAACGUACUUUUUGCUGUACGACUUUCUUGAUUACUUCGAGAAAGAUGGGCCCAGUUUUCUUCAACGCGAAAAGUUCUUAGAAAUCAUAGACACAAUUUUCAAAGAGUUCUCAAAGAUAAAACGAGAAGCCAUCGUGUUUCAAUACACCGAUUGGGAGGAGAUAACGGAUGGCUAUUUGAACCAAAAGAUGAUUGCAGAUGUUGUGGCCGAUUACUUUUUCGUCUGUCCGACAAAUUAUUUCGCUGAAGUACUUGCUGAUGCUGAAGUUGACGUCUACUAUUAUUACUUUACACAUCGUACCAGCACCAGCCUUUGGGGUGAAUGGAUGGGAGUGAUGCAUGGUGAUGAGAUGGAGUAUGUGUUUGGCCAUCCUCUGAACAUGUCCUUGCAGUACCAUACUAGGGAACGAGACCUCGCUGCUCACAUAAUGCAGUCCUUUACAAGAUUUGCGCUUACUGGCAAGCCUCACAAACCGGAUGAGAAGUGGCCACUAUACUCCCGGUCAUCGCCUCAUUACUACACAUAUACGGCUGACGGCCCGAGUGGACCCGCCGCCCCACGGGGACCACGUGCGUCGGCUUGUGCAUUCUGGAAUGACUUCCUGCUAAAACUCGAUGAGUUGGAGCAUGUACCAUGUGACGGAGCGGUAACAGGGCCGUACAGUAGCGUCGCCGGCACUACUCUACCAAUAGUACUACUCACCACCCUUGCUACUACCGCGGCCCUCUAA